ACGCAACUCAGAGGAAUUCACUCCUAGAGGCAGAAGUUAUGGCCCGGGCAUCCUCGGAGAAAACGGCCCCUCUGAAACUUUUCCCAGCCAAGCAGCCGCACAGAGCAUCCUCCUCUGGCCUGAGACGGAUGAGGCGCACACCUUUCUAGGACGCAACAACAUACCUGUCCAAUUCAAGUUUGCGAUUUUGGAGGAAAAGUGAGGCCAGGACUGACCGCACUAUUCAGCAGUAUUGAGUGACGGCCACAAUGCAACAGGCCUGUGACCUGAAGAUAACAAGUGGCUCACAGCUAAACGCAGUGUAAGGCUAAUCUUGAGGCGGCCGCAGUUUCAAGUCCCAGUUGAAAAGCCUGAGAAUGACACUGAGAGCAUAGGACUUUUGAAAUUUCUCUUGCGCCUCCACAGCCUUCAGCCAUGCUACCAAAAGAGCACAACAGUGAAACCAAGGCAGCCGUGAUGGGUCUGUUUAGGAGGGAUGCCACGACCACCAAGAAAGAGAAGGAGAAGGAGAUCCAAUAUGUGGACCCUCCAGAUGGGGGAUGGGGCUGGAUGGUGGUCCUGCAUUGCUUCCUGGUGAAUGUCUUGGUAAUGGGAACCCUGAAGAGCUUCGGGAUCUUCUUUGUAGCAUUCCAAGAUGAGUUUGGAGGCUCGGCAGAGAGCAUCAGCUGGAUCGGCUCCAUCAUGUCAAGUCUGCGUCUUUCUGGAGCACCGCUUGCCUCUGUGGCCUGUGCAAAGCUAGGAACCAGAGUGACCUCGAUCGUCGGGGCAGUGCUGGUUAGUGGAGGCUUCCUCAUGAGUAUUUUUGCCAACAAUGUGGUGUUCCUGUACAUAAGCAUGGGAGUGAUCGUCGGAAUGGGUUUUGCACUUCUGUAUCAAGGCUUCUCGGUUGUCACAGCUUUGUACUUCCGAAAGAGGUUAGCAACAGCAUAUGCAAUUGGGCGAUCUGGGAUGGGUUUGACCUUUGCCCUUGCUCCAUUCACUCAGCUGCUCCUGGACCAAUAUGCUUGGCAAGGUGCCAUGCUGAUACUUGGGGGCCUCAUGCUGAACUUGGUGGCCUCUGGGAUGCUUCUGAGACCCAUCUAUGUGAAGCCUUCGACUACAUCUACCCCUACCUCCUCCCCUGUCCAGAAGAGCCCUGCUGCCUCCCUCAAGAGUUCCUCUGAUAAGGAAUACCCUAAGAGCUGUGUGAAUGGGAAUAACUCCUCUCAUUUAACCAAUGGCAUCUCAAAAUCAGACUCAUUCCCGUCCCCUCCUCCACCUUGUCACUGGGACACCGAGAACCCAGCGGGUCAGAGCACCCAAGACCCGCAGGAUCGCUCGGUAAACCCUGAACUGACCAAACUGGUCCUCAAUGGUGUGAAUGGCCAUGAGCCCCACCAUGACUUGAGUCCAGGUAAACCCAGAAGCCCGGACAGCUCCAUAGAGCUCAAUGGCAGCAUGAACGGGUCCACCAUUGUUGGAUUUUCAUCCCAUGCUAGCACACCUGGUGAGGUGCCUGUCAGAAAAGCCAAAGUAUUGGAUUUCUCCUUGCUGAAGGAUCCAUUCUUCUGCAUCUACACCUGGUCCCUGGUCUUCAGCCAGCUCGCCUACUUCAUCCCCUAUUUCCACCUGUCUGCCCGAGCCAGGACCCUGGGCAUUGAUGCCAUGGAUGCUUCCUUCAUCAUCUCUGUGGCAGGUAUCACAGAGACCAUCGCCCAGCUGGCCUCAGGGUGGGUGACGGACAGGAACCUGUUUCAUAAGUACCACUACCACAAGGCCUACCUGAUCCUCUGUGGCCUGGUCAACCUGCUCUCCCCCUUGGCGAACUCCUACAUCUUGCUCAUGGUUUAUGCCGUCUUCUUUGCCAUCUUCUGUGGCGGCUACAUGGCCCUGUUGCUGCCUGUCCUGGUAGAUCUGGUUGGGUCGGAGAAACUCAACAACUCCAUGGGCUUCUCCAUGUUCUUCGUCGGUCUGGGCUGUCUCACAGGGCCGCCGUUGGCAGGGUUCCUGUAUGACUACACCCAGACGUAUGACUGCUCUUUCUACCUGGCCGGGAUCUGCUAUCUGCUCUCCUCCGUCUCCCUCUUCAUGGAGCCCCUAGCACAGCGCUGGCAGGCCAGGAGGAAAAGGGCCCAGGCCAAGACAGCUGAAAGCGGCUGGAAGACCAACGGCUGCUUCACCCCCGACCCUGUGCACAAAGGCGCUGUGUAGAGGAAUAAAAUGCAGGGAAUGCCGUCUCUCUUGAACCAGCAUGCUCAUGUCUUGCAUGGGCCCGUAAACGAUGGACCUGAAUGUGACCUCAGCUUAUGGUCGGGACCUACUUGACCUCUAGAUUUUGCCUGGGGCACAAGACAGCGCGAGGAGAAGAUGAUUAUGACCACAGUAACACGAUGGCCAAGGAUAUAGCGGGGACAUUAGUGAGAAGAUGAUCAUGUUUUGUAACUUUUGAAAGCCAAAAUUUCACUUUAUUUCCUGCCAUAUGUUCGAUCCCCAUGUUCUCGAUAUGCAACGGAAGUGCAUGCACCACUCAGCGAAACGUGAACAAAAACGGAAGACAUCCACAACGUCCACUGCACAAGACAUUCUCAACACUCAAGUAUUAGCAGCUGUGUGACCAUAACUUAUUAAAAAAAAUCUCUUUGUUCAACAUUGCAACCACAACAACACUAAUUAUGUUCAGUCUGUUACCUCUGCCUCUUCUCAAACCAGGAAAUAUGGGAAAUUAAGUUUAAUUAUUUGAAGGUUAACACCUGACUCCAGUGAUGAUGUUUGGGUGCGGUAUUGACUUUCACUGCAUAUAAUGUUUUCUCAUGUAAACUAAACAUUUGUCUUCCACUGUGUGAAACAAUGGCCUUUCUAGGUAGUAGGUAGUUUUUCUAUAAAGAAAUUCUUAUUCAUGAAAAGGCAUAUCCAUGCAGAAAUAAUGUUCAGCUGAUUUCUCUGUAAACCUCUAUAUUUAUACCUGUACUCACAGACAUGCACUUUGGGCUACAUUAAGAUCACGUUACAUGAUACUGUCUGAUUGACCUUUUGCUGCCAGAUAGUUCAGAUUCUGAGCAAUCACUUCAGUGUAGCCUGCUUCUAAAACACAGUGUGUAAUCUGCCCUACAAAGCCAAAAAGCAGUAAGUGUGUGAGCAGUGAAACAAAGAUAAAUGAGUGUAUUUAUAUAGCCCUUCUUCACAAGCACAAGGACAUCUCAGAGGACAGAGAAAGAACCUGCCUAAAUCUCAGCCACAAAACAAAAUAACAGUUUACAAAAAAAUAAAACAGGAGACACAGAAACAGCGCAACAGAGAACAUAACAGGCCUGCCUAACCUAACCAGUAACACCAACCCUCGAGUUUUCUGUAAAGACAAGGUAAAACUCACAAGAAAACUUUACAAGGAAGCGUAUUCACAGAGGGAUUCCUUCUCAGAUGGCAGAAAGUGUCAUGACAAAGCAAUAUAAUGGAAAAUAACACGGACACUCAUAAUGGGAAAGCAGUGCAAAUGAGACGGGAAGAUGGGAGCCUGGCAGCUCAGCCUGCAAACCUGUCCAAUGCCAGGUAGCUAUAAACUUUGUUCAUAGUAAAUCUAAAUCCUAGUCACUACCUUUGACCUGUAAAGCUCACAAAACUAGUUAGAGGCCUUUGUAGGGCAAUUACGCUAAUACACAUUGAUUAACGUUCAUGUAACCAGUUCUUGCAGCAUCUGCAUGCAAGAGAACACCCUGGCUGAGCUCAAUGCCUGGAGGCUGCUGAUCUAUGCAAAUGCACACAGAGAAUGAUGUUCCUCUUAACAGCAACUGGCUUGUACUCAGUAUCUGUUUGACUGUAGCAACAAAACCAGCUCCUGAAACAAGCAACUUGUUUAGUGAUGCCUGAAUUGUAGUUGGACAGAGGGGCAGAGGAGCUGGUCAACUCCACUGAAAUAGCAGGGUUUUCUUUGUUUAUUGUGUUUAUUGUGCGUUUCUGUGUAAAUGCCUGACCAACUGUGUUUCAAAGAUAUUUUGCUGAUGUUGCCCAUGCAAACAAAUCAAUGCCUUUACCUGCUAAUACUACCCUUUGCACAGUACCCCAUCUGGGCUGGUAGGAUUAUGCUGUUGCCCUACUUCUACAGUGCCUGCAGGCAGCCAAUUAAUGGCAAUGCAACUUCUAAUUUUAUUGUAUUAUAUAUAGGAGUCUUAUGGUUGUUGAAUCUUUUUUUUUUUAUGUUAUAGAGGUUUUUAUUGUUUUCCGUGGAUUCCUUGUUUAUCACCACUGUUUGCCUUAUGAGGUAUUUUAUCUUUACUAACUUUCUUGUAAAGUGAGCCAAAGACAAAUUAGAAACCUACCUACAACUUGAACCUUGAGACACUAGACAGGAUAGUGUGUGUGUAUACAGUUUUAAAACCACGAUGAUCACCCAUAAUUCACAGGUAUUUCUGAUUCUUACUUGAGAACGGCCCAAAACCCUGUGAUGGACAUUUGUUUUGUUACGCUGCCCUCUUGUGGCACCAGAAGGCUUCUACUCAAAGAAUGCUGUCUCAAUUAGUACCAAAUUAUUCCCCCUCAGCUCACUUUCAUAAUGCUUUGCAAGGCUCUUUGUAUUGUUUCAAUGACUACAGUCAUGCACAAAAGGCUCUUUUGGCUCUUGGGUUGCAUUCACCGCUGGUCUGCUUCUGUGAUUGAGGGCCACUGAAUGUUUUGUACCAUAAAUCUUAUGAAAAAAUGUUUGAUGCUUUAAAAGUAGGUUUUGUUUUUGCAUUAGGAUACUCUUUACUGUUAUCUGACUUUGUUGGGUAUUUUAAGGAGCAUACAGUAUGCUUAAGCAAUAUCUUUAUGAUUUUUCUAUGUCCCUUGGGUAAUGUCUCAAACGCCACUGAUAAGGUGCUUAGUUGCAAAAGCUACUCAAAUGAUGACAUUUGAUACAACAUUGUAAUGGCAGCAAAAAUGUUUGUUAUUGAGGCACUAUUUUUUCACUGAUAUGGCUCCUGGACUUUGUUUCUUGAUUGAGUUUAGAAAAUAUGCUUAACCAAUCAUAGGCAUCAUGCUCAAAGCCCUUUAGUAGUUUAUUUGUAAGCCUUGUAACAGAGUAUGCAAUCAGCUGCAAUAAACGGAGGUGUGACCUG